AUGCGUCCUGCCCGCCGCCCGCAGCGCCCAGGGACCCAACGAGGGCCUUCUCUUAACCGCGAUAUCCUCUCUCCCCGUCCCUACUGGACACGCGUACGAGGCGAUGGGCCAGGCCCCUCCAAGCCCGGAAUCCCGGGCACGACUCCCCCCGGGCCCUCGGCCCCUGCUCCCACACGCGGAGGCGCGACCCACCCGCCGCACGAGGACCACCCAGCCCAGGCCCGCCCCCCGGAGACCGCUCACCCCUCAGCUUCUGCCGCGCCGGUUCCGUAUCACGUGCCCAGCCACGCCCCCGGCGCGGGCCCUCCUCCCGCCGCCCCGCCCACCAACCCCUGGCCUCGUCCGGAGAGCCGGCGUCGCCCCGCCCCCCCGCCGCCCCGCCCACCAACCUCCGAGCUCUUAGUAACGCUAGCGUCGCCCCGCCCCGCGCCGCUCCACCCACCAAUCACCGGGCUUGUUGGAGAUCCGGCGUCGCCCCGCCUCUCUCCGCCCCCCCCGGCUUGGGAGACCCGCACGGAGCUCCUGGCCUCUGACCCCGAGGGCUGCGGCCGUCCGGCCACUUCCGCCCCUGCUUCCCGCUUGGUGGCGCCGGCUGGGGUCGGGGGCGUGGGUGGAGAGGCGCUGAGGCUCGGGGAGCGGCGCACGCCCCACGCUCAGGCUCGGGGCGCUGCGCCUGUGCCCGGCCACACGCGGUGCCGUUUGACGCCGCCGGGCCCUAGGGAAGUUGAACCCAGUCAGCCGACCGGCCGGCGCACAUGGAGACUUCAGUGUGGGUCCGGGCACGCGCUGUGUCCACAGGCCGGAGGCCGGGCGGCCCGGGGCGAGGCGGCUCGGCUCUGCGCGCUGGGUGUUUGUGCACGAAAGCUGUGGGCGCAGCCGGGAACCUGCCGGACCCCCGCCCGGACCCCCGCCCGCCAGGGGCUCCACGCCGCGUCUCCAGAGCCUGGCUGCCCGGCUCUGGGGGCAGGCAGCGUGCCGGGGCACCUGCGCCCGCGUGCUUUGGGGUCUGCGACCCCGGAGCAGGGGCGCGGGGAAGGCACGCGCCCCCCUCCCAGGCUGGGUUGGGCCUCCCUGGGUUCCGUGGGGGCAGUACCCUCGGCCACCCUCGGGACUGUGGUUUCCAGGAAGCAGCUGCCGACUGUGCUGCUGGGUCCCUUCACCCCGGACACCCUGACCAGAGCGUCCCCAGCGCUUCCUGGCGGCUGCUGGUACUUCCAGAAGGAGGAGGAGCGAAACGGGAGAGUGAAGUCGUGGGGAAAGGCUAGUAAUGGCGGGGGCCUGGGGGAAGGAGAGGACAAGCAAGCCCUUGGCCGGCAGUCUGCCCCCCCGCCCCCCGCCCCCCACAGCGGCAAAGCGAGCAAGAGUCCACGCAGCUGGCCGCCGGCAGGCCGGGCGCGUCCUGAGACACCGAAGUGCAGGCGCAAGAGCUACGAGCUGAGCUUCCCGGCCUUGGCCGUGACGGAGCCGCACCGGCCUCCCCGGGACCCACGGCCCGCAGCGCCACCCGACCGACCGCGGGGGGGGACGCUUCCUAGCACCCGGCGAAGCACCACAAGGCGCCCCCCCCCCCCCCCCCCCCCCGCCGGGCUGGGAUGUUCCUGCCAAUCUGAGUUCUUCACCAUGGAAUUUACUGUCCGAGGCUCCUCGCCACAUUUCUAAGUAAAUAGCCAUUUUUGCACCUAAUAUUUACUCA